AUGCUCUUCCGUUCCGCCGCCGCCCUCCUUCUUCUGCUCGGCGCCGUCGCUGCCAAUUCGCUCAUCAACCCCAAUCUUCCGGACGACUUUUGCAAAAACGGUGGAUCGCUGGUCAAUGUGAGUGGAAAUGACAAGUUGGCGGCCAUCAUUUCAUUUGGGUCACCCAUUUUACCUGACCACCCUAACUCGAAAAAACAGUUCAUGCGUCAUUUCGGUACUCAUCAAAGAAAUAAUAAUGUCAUAAAGCAGUCUGGGUAGAUAAUCAGUUAUGAGGAAGUUUAAAGUCUCUAGGGACCGUAACCUAUAAAAUAAUUAUUAAUUUUUGCUAAACACUAAUUUAAAAAGACAUAAUACUUUUUUUGAAAUGACUAGCUGUGCCCUGUUAAUGCACACAUGGUGGCGUUUGAGGGCAGCCGAGGAGGCUAAUUCCGUGUGACGGACCGCCCGGAUUACAUGGCCGUGAAGAAGACGAAGAAACAUGCCACAAUUGGGUGGCCAAAGGGCUCUUCUCGGUCAUGUCGUCGGCGCACAAGGAGCCACUCAAAAAAACGGAUUAGUGGGUCGAGUUGCGCCGCAUGGGGUACCGUUCUAUGGGAAACCACCGCCUGGAACGCUUAUAUUUUGAAUUGAACACGAUAAUUUCAGGGAAAAUGUGAAUGCACUCUGAGAUAUGAAGGAACUCAAUGCGAAAGAGAACGAUGCUUGAACGGAGGACGCAGACAUUCCGCCAAAGGAGUGGUAAGAGUGUCCCUGAUGACGUGGCAAACCACUUCAUUCCCUUUUCAGGUCCGUUGCCAUUGCCCUUACGGAUUAUCGGGAGACAGAUGCGAAAAAGUGACAUACUGUGAGCCAGGAAAAGGAAAACUGGUGGAAGGAAAGUGCGAGUGCUUCGAGAGAUGGACGGGACUCUUCUGCAACAUGCGAACCUGCUUCAACGGAAUCCCGACGGGCGGUCUCGACGGAUUCUGUCUCUGCGACGUUGGCUACACCGGUCCCUUCUGCGAUGCUCCUCUCAUUUGCGAGAACGGCGGAUCUGUUACUCAGGUAAAAGAGCGCGCGCGCGGAUUCGAAUGAAUAAUGAAUGAUGUUGACAGGAGAACGAGUGCGCCUGCACCACCGGAUACACUGGAGAUCACUGCGAGCAAUGCGCUAUCGGGUACAUCAAGGAGGCGCAGUAUUGUGUGCCAGAGGUCAGUCGAAAGGUGGUGUACUUUUUCCUUUGUUGCAUGCUCUGCUCUUGCCCCGCGUGCUCCUUCUUCCAGUCAUUAACCCCUUUCUUUCUCUGCAGGUUUCCGAGUCCUCCCUUCUCGCGCACACCGGCUCCCUUGGCUCCCGUCCGUUCGCGUGGCCCAUAGUUUUGAUGGGAUGUGCUGCCGCCCUCGCUCUCAUCGUUCUCGCCCUCACCGUCAUCUUCGCCGUUCGCAAAUGGAGCAGCAAACCAUCAAGAGUGAACUCAGUUCAGGGGGAUCCAGAGAACGGAACCGAUGUCUAA